AUGUUUCACCCAGACGGCGUCUCAGCCGCCAUGGCAUGCUCGGUCACAAGUUGUCAUAGCACAGCACGAGGAGAGGUUUACGGUGACGCUGUCGAAAGGAAGCUGCUAUCGCAUAAUGGUUUUCGCCCCUGGGAGGUACCCCGUGUACUCGCCCGAUUUCGGUCUCAACCAGUCGCACUAGGCCGUCCCCCAUGCUUUCAAAGCUACAUAAGGGGAACCUCACCCGCCUUCAUCCCAAGGUUUACAUAUCAAUCCUCUCUCGUUCGCACCGAAUACUCCACAUACCGCAUCUCCCGACACAGUGCACAGUGCACACGUUCCCACUCUGAUCUUCCCUCUUCUGUGAUGAGGCCCAUGCCUACCAUAAGGUCUUCGCAGCGCAGAGCCGCUACGGAGUGCAAAGGGUCCACGCGUCGGAUAACUCGGUCCAGGGGAAAGACCGAACUUGACGGAAAGAGUGACGAAGGGCGCAAUCCAUACGAGUCACUGCGUGUGGCUGGUCUGACGAGGAACACAUUCUUCUCAGAUCUCACAAAGCAGGAGCUGGCAGACCUCUUCUUGCAACGCGUUGAGAACGGACAAGGGGAGGUAGAGGAGUAUGAUCUCACAUGCGUCGACAUAAAGUCGCUGUGGACGCGCAUCGUUACCGAGUUGGAGAGCCACACGGCUGCCAGCAACAUCACUUCACAGGACAUGCCGCCUGCUUGGAAGGCCUGGUACAAGAGUACGGAAAACAAGGAGACGAAGCUCAGGGCCGCAUACGCCAAGGCAAAGGUCAACUUCGACGAAAUCGUUCAGCAGAACAAGGUCGAUUGGGAGGAACUGGGGAGGACAAGGACCGCUGCGGGGCUUCCUGUCGGCACACCGCUCACCAAUGUGACAUCCGGCGAGGCAGUCUACAGUCGGGGCGACGAGGGUGACUACGUCAGUUUCGUACCCAACGAGUCCAGGCUGGCUGUCACUGCCAACGGCGACUUGAGACGGUGCUAUCUUGUGCGAUGGAAGAAAGGCAAAACUGGCACCACCUGGCCUGACAGUUACGAGCCGUCGUGUAGCUUCGACACGGCCAGUGUACACUUUCAGAACCAAGCGGCGAGGUACAUUGAGAGGAGUGAUGCUUGA